AAUUCUGCAAGUGGUUCUAAUUUACUAUCGCUGUUCUCUAGCUGGUCUAAAACCACUUUUGACCUAAAGGGACGCUUUUUGGACGCCGUGGCCUUUUCUCAGUUUCCAAGCAGAAAGAACAGUAAAAAUGCAGGCAGGGCACAGGACAAAGCACUAGGGACAAAAUGUAUGUGAAAUAGUUUGAUACAUGAAUGUCAUUUUUAAAAUUUUUCAAUUUCCCCCCGGUUCCGCCCCAGUACGUCCCGUACGUCCUGACGCUCACAGGGAACGAAAUGAAGACGGAUGCCGGCAUUGGCCAGAGGAGAUGGCCGGGGACGCUGCAGGGGGCACAU